UUGGUCCAAACCGCAACUUUCAAUUCUUUAGAACAUUCAUCUAAAACAACUGACUAGUCGCGCCAUCCCCUCACUUCUUCUGGCUCUACCGACCAGCGAACACUCCCAAACCGAGGAUGGACUUCGAGUCGCUAAUGUCGAGCGAAAUCGCAAAGGCCAAAGCUCCCUCUAAACCCGACGCCCAGGCGCCAGCAGACAGAAAGUACAUCUCCCGGCGCGAGGCCGAAGAAGCGCGCAGAGCCGCCUAUCUCGCCGAGCAAAAGCGCCUCGAGGAAGAGCGCGCCGCCAAAGCGGCUGCCAAGCGCAAGCGCGAGGAGGAAGCCGCCGAGGAGGCACGCAGGCGGGAGGAGAAGCGGCGCAAGUUGGCCGAGGAGAUUCGACUGAGGAAGGAGGCAAAGGAGGCCGAGGAGGAAAGGGUGAGGCGGAAGCGGUUGGGGCUACCCGAGCUGCCUCCGACCAAGGAAAACAGCGAAGGGGGUAAGGAGGAGGCUGAGGAGGAGGAGGACCUGGGCGACGAGGAAGAAGGGGAUGUUCCCGAGGAGGAGCUCCGCAAGAAGUUGAGGGAGUUGAAUGAGCCCGCGAUACUAUUUGGCGAGAGCCAUGCUGCGAGACUCAGGCGAUACCGCAGGGCCGCCCGAGGUGGGGCGUUGACCGCUAACGGACCUAUCGCGACGACCCUUGCGCCGGUCGAGGAGAAGGACAUGAAGGUUCCUGACAAGAUCCCACCCGCGUCCAACAAAAAGGCCCGGCGAUACCUCUACAGACAGCUCGCGUCAUACUUCAACAUGGUCCUUCGCGAGUGGGAACUGGCGUUGGCGCGCGAGGACAAUGCAGACACAUUUGCCGGCCAAGCGGCGCGGAACGCCAUGAUAUCCAGCAAGGAAACGAUGCGGCCGCUCUUCCGCAAGUUUGAGCAGGCCGACCUGGACGAGGGCAUCCUCGAGGCCAUAGUCGAGAUUGUCAAGGCUGCACAAGAGCGGCGCUAUGUCGACGCCAACGACGGGUACUUGCGCCUGAGCAUCGGUAAGGCAGCUUGGCCGAUUGGCGUUACCAUGGUGGGCAUCCAUGAACGCAGUGCGCGCGAGAAGCUCCAUGGAGGUGAGAGGGGCCAUAUAAUGGGCAGCGAGGUGACGCGCAAGUACCUGCAGAGUAUCAAGCGGUGCUUGACGUUUGCCCAGGUUCGCUGGCCACCCGAGGAUGUCAGGCAGUUGAUGGGUUGAUGAGGCCGGAAAGAAGCAGGAUAAUCCCGUGAUACCUUACGAAUAGACACACUUGUCUGAUGCCAUCCUAGGACUUCGGUGCCAUGUUCUGCAGCUGAAAGUAGCGUCUUUUCCGAUCCCUACGUUUCCCUCCUCUGUCAGGGAGUUAAGCAUCCUGUUUUCCCGGCAUUGGUAUGUAACGCCCUCGCUCUUCCGUACGUGAUCGUUUUCACAUGCUGCAUGUCACACAGGGUGUGAACCGAGCCGUGCCACACGCUGCGUCGUCAUCUCAGCACGGCCAAACCCAUUGAUAUCCUCAAACCGACCUGAAUGGUUCCAAAGCGCCCUCCAACUUCCUCGC